AUGCAGUCCUCUCACCCUCCAGCGUCCGUGCCCUGGGCCUCUCCUUCGCCCGUCACCGUCUUCCUGCGCAAUCUCCGCCUGCUGCAGCUUGACCAGCAGCCCGACUGGCCCGACCUCUCUGCCCGUUUAUUUUCUGGCGGGCAGCAAUCCCAGCGCCAGCGCAUCAAGGGUGUCGAGUGGGCGCUCUACCAUCUCUUCGCCAUCUGGGAUCCCGAAGGGACGAAAAAUAAACUCCGUCCGUUCUUCCCGCCGUUGGAGCCGCUGCAAUCGCUUAAUCUACGCGGAGCGUUGUUUCGAUGUCUGUCUGACCUGAAGAAGAAUGGCGACCUGGGCCGGGAGACGAUCUUGCGCAAGACCAUGCUCGACGAUUGCAAGGGCGCCAAGUUCGAGGAGGUGCUGGCCAUCUUUUCGACUGCCGUCCUCCGGAAAGUCGUGACGGAAAAUGCGGAUGCGCCAGGUCUGAAACUGGGCCUGGCCAAGAGCCUGACUCAAGCAGAGUACGAAAGGCUGGUCCCGCUGAUACUGGCUCAUUUGUCCUCCCUGAACACCACGACACAGAAGAAAGAGCGGGUGCGGAGCAAUUGCGACCAAUUCUCUCGUCUACUGGAUGAAAAGGCUGCGGAGCUGGCAGAUCGGUCGCAAAAGAAGCUACAGCCCCCGGACGAAAUCCCGGGUUCAGAAAAAUUGGUCCACGAGGUGAAAACCAACUGGUUCGGGAGUGAGGACUGGGCAGACACGCUACUAUAUGGGGGGUCUCGUGGCAGCGCGGAUGGCUUUCUGGAGCUGCCAUUUGAGGAGGCAUGGUCCCGGGCAAAUAAGGGGACUGUCAGCGAUCUCAAAAAGCCUCACACGGCUGACCUUUUGCUGGACCUGGAGCACCGCCUCUCACAGCAGCGGGACCGUCUGCGCCAGUGGCAGGAGUUCCGGGAGGCGAUCCAGAAGGAAGAAGAGAAUGAGCCGAAAGAAGGGCAGCAAGCUCGCUCCAAGAACAAGAGUCUUGUCUUCCGGGAGCACCAGACAUUGUCGGUGGCCAGCAUUUCGAAGACGGUGCGACAACCGACGGGAGUGCGGGGGGCGCUGGACGAAAGACAUGAAGAUCUUCUGUCAUCAAUGAAGGAGGCUCUUGCUAAGGUCAAGGGCGAAACUGUUCCUAGAGUUCGAUCAGAAUCUCAAGAUGCUCCUCGCAAGGUACAACGAAGCGAAAGCACGCACGAUGCGACAGCACUGUCCCCUAUCCCUGAUGAAGACAACCGUGCUCCGACGCCAUCUCCCAAUAUUACCGUCACUACUCCAGAUCUCAAGUCUCGCGCUCCAAGCCCUGAUCCGCCCCAAGCAAAAUAUUCCUCAAGGCAGCCUUUCGGUUUGGCAUCAGCUGCCGCGUCACGUGCUGCGUCUCCUUCGCCCGAAGACGAUGCUCUAGACCGACAGCAGUCUGCCAGCCCUGAACCAGAGCUGCCAUCUCUUCCAACAACCCAGGCCGAAACACGACCAUCCACCCUCGUCGAACGCACCCGCCAGUCCAUGUCCCUUCUCCCUCCGCCCCGACAAUCGGCAUCCUUCCGCCGCCCACCUCGGCAAUCCCAGCAGUUCCCCGUCAACCCAUUCGAGACUCCUACCAAACAGCAGCAACAGCAGCAGCAGCAGCAGCAACGGCCCGAACCUCCAUCGCGCUCGGGGGCAUCCACACCGCGUGACGAGCUCUUCUCCGAAGACGCAGACUACGCCAGCGUAUUCAAGAGCCGGCCACGUGUCGCCAACAGUCCGCUCUUCUCGCCGGCCGUCCACGUCGGUCUUGACGAGGAUGAUACGCUAGACCUUGGUGGAGGGAUGGACAGUUCACCGUUGGCGGGCGCAAGAAUGCGAUAG